CUAAGCUACACCGUUUGAGUUUUGUCAAAUUUUUAAAGCUCGCACCAUCUCAGCGCGAGUCUCCGCAGCAGGAAUCCGUCCACUGCAGGAAACUAGCAGCUCCGGCACGUGGCGCCCUCCCGGACCCGAUCCAGGUCAGCACUCUUUGGUUAGGAAUUACAAGUGCAGCUCCCAAAUUUCGAAUUUUGCCUCAAGUAUGUCGUAAUUCGAAUAGUUGCAAUCCCGAUCCUCGAGCAUGACAUCCCACACUAAUCGCUCGAAUCUGUCACUGCCGGCGCAACAAAUGCCUCCAGACGCGGAAUUCGAUGCGACUUGGGCCGAAGAGGACGACCCCCACAUACACAAACUGUGGGCGAUACACAGAACGAUCCACACGCUGAGAGGUAAAAUGAGUAAACAACAAUUGGACGCUUCAGACGUGAUGUCGGACGAAUUCGACGAAAACACCUCCCUACCUCCCACUUAUAUCGUCAUAAAAAUCGCCUCGGACAUCAAAGAAAACACCCUAACGUGGCUGAUUGACAAGAUUAGAGGUAAGCGUCGCGACGGCGGCGCCGAACUCAUCGUCAUGCGACAACCGAGCGAUCCCGACGAUGGUUGGAUUUUGCACUUGUCGGCGUCUAAGAUCAAGUUCCUCGAGACGGCCGAAGAGAUGGAGCUGAUGAAAGAGGACAAGAGCGGAAUGAUGCGUGAGUUCACCGUGGGCCAACUGGAGGAUUUCCUCCCUGAAGGAAUGCACGUGGACGAUUUGUUAACCCUUGCCGAGAAGCAGACGAUCGUCCGCCACGAACUGGAAAAUAUCCGAGCAUUGGCCGAGGACGAGCACAUUCCCGGCUACCCCACGUACACACUAUACGAGGGCCAAUCGAUAUUUCAAGUGUGUCUCAAGUACAAAAUAAUAAUGAAGGUUUAUCCGUUGCACGAUCAAGAGGCGCUGAAGAAGCUGGGGCGGAAGUGGUACAUGUCGUUAUUGGGCAAGCAGCCGAUCGAAGAAAUCCGGUUGUACUUUGGUGAAGCUAUAGCCUUGUAUUUUACGUUUUUGGGCUUCUAUACUGCAACUUUGGUGGUGCCCGUCUUCGUGGGGCUCCUCCAGCUGAUGAUCUACUCGGAGACGAUGUCUAUGUUUUGUGUCUUCAAUGUGGUAUGGGUUACACUUGUCUUAGAGAUAUGGAAGAGAAAAAGCAACGAGCUGGCGUUUAAAUGGGGCACCAUCAGCAUGACGAGUCUGGACGAGCCCAGACCCAACUUCCGGGGCUCGAUGGGCUACGACGCCAUCACGGGGAAGCUCCAGCCACAGAGCCCCAGAUAUCUCACCUAUCUCAAGAUGUAUUGUGUGUCGAUUCCCAUCGUGUUUCUGUGUCUUGUGGCGGCUUUCGUCAUGAUGUUGGCCUCGUUUUGGCUCGAGGAGUAUUUCAAACAGACGCGGACUUCCGACGACUUAAUCAUACUUCUGCCGAGUAUAGUGUACUCGAUUCUAGUCUACAUAAUCAACUGUUAUUACCGAAAAUUGGCCACUUUUCUGACUGAAUGGGAAAACCACCGGACUCAGUCCCAACACGACCGACAUAGAGUGACAAAGCUGGUACUUUUUGAAUUCGUCAACAACUUCAUGUCGCUGUUUUACAUUGCGUUCGUCGUGCGGGACAUGGAAAUGUUGCGGAGCCAACUCCAGACAAUGCUGAUCAUAUUUCAGUUGAUCAGUCACGUCCAGGAGGCUGUCCUGCCACUUGCUGUUAAAUAUUACGGGUCUAAAUUCGCCGCGUGGAAAAAGCAACUUUUCUCGUCAAAUGGUCGCUCAAAAUCCAGGUUUUACAAAGUCCCGACUGAAGACCAACUAGUUCCAGUGCUAAGGUCCCUUCCCCAAAUCCCCAUCGAUGAUUACCGUCUGGACUCGGCAAACAAAGAGGGAGAGAUGGAGGAUUACGAGGGGACGUAUGAUGACUACCUCGAGCUUUUCAUCCAGUUCGGUUACAUUUUCCUUUUCUCGCCUGUGUACCCGGUCGCGGCCUUUUGGGCGCUUUUUAACAACAUUUUGGAGAUCCGAGCCGAUGCGUUCAAACUUUGCAAGAUCUACCAGCGGCCGAUGAGUCGGCGGGUGAAAGACAUAGGCGCUUGGCAGCGCUGUUUCGAGAUAAUCGGCGCCAUGUCGAUAAUGACCAACUGCGGCCUUUUGUGCCUCAGUCCGGAGUUGAAAAGGUCAGCCCCGGAAGUGGGCCCGGUGGAGUGGGUGCUGUUUUUCGUGUUUCUGGAGCACGUUCUGCUCGGCAUUCGAUAUCUGCUGCACAUUACCAUUUCGGAUAAGCCGGAAUGGGUGCGAGUGGCCCUAGCUAAGAAGAAUUACGAGUCGAAACAAGCCCUCAAAUUCGAGAGGUCGCAGAAAAACAAAGGCCUGCUGAGGAGAAAGUUCAAAACGAUACACGGGACACACGCCCGUUAAUAAUUGAAAGGGAGUUUUACGGGAUCGAUCCGAAUGUGCGUGUCUGUUCGGACAGGACGAAAGGAUAAGACACACCUGUGGAGUCGGGGUGCCACCCGCGCGUGAUGUAUUUUUUACAAUUUUUUAUUGUACAGGGGCAAUAAAUCGUUUCGCAACAA